CCCGUCGCAUCGCCGCCAUCGACUGGAAUCGCAUCUGCUCGAGCCCUCCACGCCGGCGCUGAAUUCCCGUGCCAGGUGACAGUUUGUUUGCUGCAAUCUGACAAAGUGGAGUUCUUAGAAGUCGAAGCUUCGUUAAUGUCUGAACAAGACUCGGUUUACUUGGAAUCAGUUGGAUUGCUAGGGGAGUAUUCUCAUACAACGAGGAAAAGGGAUAAGCUUAUCGUGCCCGUUAGAUCUGCCACUGCUCAAAGUCAGCCUAGUUCUUUGCAAGGACGAGCAGCUACUCUUGUUUGUGAAUUUGGACACGACUGAAAGCUUGAGACAAGAUGGCGCUGCAAAACAUUGGUGCUUCCAACAAGGAUGAUGCCUUCUACAGGUACAAGAUGCCUAGAAUGUUGACCAAAAUAGAAGGCCGUGGGAAUGGCAUCAAGACGAAUAUCGUGAACAUGGUUGAUAUAGCAAAAGCGCUUGCCAGACCAGCUUCCUACACAACGAAGUACUUUGGGUGUGAGCUUGGGGCGCAAUCUAAGUUUGAUGAAAAAACCGGGAUCUCCAUAGUUAAUGGUGCUCAUGACACCGGAAAGCUAGCUGAUAUUCUUGAGAACUUCAUCAAGAAGUAUGUGCAAUGUGCUAACUGUGGCAACCCUGAGACGGAGGUCCUCGUCUCUAAGAAACAGACUAUAUCUCUGAAGUGCGCUGCCUGUGGCUUCCUCUCAGAUGUUGACAUGAGGGACAAGCUGACCAAUUUCAUCUUGAAAAACCCACCGGAAGAGAAGAAGGGAGGCAAAGACAAGAAAGCUAUGCGGAGAGCAGAGAAGGAGCGGCUGAAAGAAGGCGCGGCUGCUGAUGAGGAGAUGAAGAAACUCAAAAAGGAUGCGGCAAAGAAGAAAGGCUGUUCGUCGAAGGAGAAUACUGUGAAACGUGUCACUACAAGGAAGAAGGCUGGCGGCGGUGGGGGUUCGUCUGAAGAAGAACAUUCAACCUCGCCAACUCAUAGUGGAGAUGCUGCAGAUGAAGAUGACGACGAUGUGCAGUGGCAAACUGAUACGUCAGCAGAGGCUGCCAGGAAGCGCAUCGCGGAGCAGCUGAGUGCAGCAACUGCCGAAAUGGUUGUGCUUUCCACUGAGGAGACUCCUUAUGAUGAACUGGUUGAGGAGAUCAAGUCUAGCUUGGGCAACGCUGCCACUGCAGCUCAGCUCAAGGCUGUGUUGUCCUCCUCAACUCUGCCCGCCAAGGAUGUGAUGAAUGCUCUCUUUAAGGCGCUCUUCCACGGUGCAGGCAAGGGGUUUGCAAAUGAUGUCAAGAAGAACCGGGAGUACCUUGCUGUCGCUGUGCCCGAUGAAGGAGCCCAGAUUGUACUGCUCCAGGCUAUCGGGUCAUUCUGCAGCGAAUGCAGUGCCGAGGCCCUGAAGGAGGUGCCUGUAGUCCUGAAGGUCCUCUACGACGGAGACGUCCUCGAGGAAGAAACCAUUGUGCAGUGGUACGAUGAAGCUGUUGCUGCCGGCGAGUGCUCCAAGGCUGUGGAGAAUGCCAGGCGGUUUGUGGAGUGGCUCCAGAGCGCCGAAUCUGAUGAGGAGUAAAGAGGUUGUACUUUAAGUUGUCUUUUGAUUUGAUAGUGUUUCAAGUGUCAGUCGAUGUCUUUCGGAUCAGUAUUUGGAGUGUCAAAUGUCCGCGUUGAUGUCUAAACGGUCGA